AUGAGCUCUGUUUGUGGUAAAUUGGAUUUCAAAGAAGCAGACUUUGAGAUCUCGACUUCGAGUCCCACACAAUCUUCUAAUGGCUCGAAGCAUCAUACCUCGCAUUUUGGAUCUGAAGAUUCUUCUCAGGAAUCUGAUGGAGAUGAAACUGGUUAUAAAGACCAAACUGUGAAUGAAGAAUCAGCUAAUGAGAAGGAUUUCGGCAAAUCCAUUUUAGGUUCUUUACCUCCAAAGUCUUCAGAUGAUGAAGACAAAGAUGAGAAACUUACAACUGAACCAGUUGUUCUCAUCCCAGCCAUAAAAGGCAGUCGGGAGAAGCAUGGCUUAUCACUGAGGAAGACAAGGGUUUCAUGGGCGGAUGACGUGUAUGAUCCUCCUCCCUCCAUAGCCUCACACACAAGAAGCAAGAAGAAGCCGCAGAGUUCCAAGAGCAAAGACAACCACAGGAAGACCGGAAAGAAAGGACAGAAGAGCAAAGACAACUCUUCCUCUCGUGGUGGCAGCAGCAAAGACAAGAAGCAAUCUUCUCGCAAACACAGUCGCGAGAAAUUUGAUUGGGUAACUCAGAUGCCUAUAGUUGCAGCAUCUUCUUGA